UUACAUCUGCUGACGCACUUUUUUCGUUUCUUUUCGGCGUGUUUUUGGAACACACUUUGCACGUAUUUUAUCAGGAGCUUUUAUACAUAAUUGGCAUUCGCAAGAAACAAGUGCAGUUGUUGUUACACAUAUAAUCUACUCAUUUACCACCAUGGGUCGAAGCACAAAAGGCAAAGAGAAGGAAGUAUUGGAUGAGCCUACUCCUGCAACUCCAUCAACUGAAAGUCCUGCUGAGGAAGAGUACUCUGUUGAGAAAGUCAUGGAUAGAAGAGUAAGAAAUGGUCGGGUAGAAUACCUUUUGAAAUGGAAAGGAUAUGACGAGGAUGACAACACCUGGGAACCAGAGGAAAAUCUAGAUUGCCCUGCUUUGAUAUCGGAAUUUGAGGAAAAAAGAAAAGAGAAGGAAAAAGAAAAGAAAAAAGAAGUCGACAAAAAAGAAAAGAAACGUUCACUACCUACUGAAGAUCGCGACAGAAAAUCAACUGACGACAAAAGACCUGCAAAGAAAAAAGCUGCAGAGGAGGAAAAUCGUCCUAGAGGAUUUGACCGAGGACUUGAGCCUGAAAAAAUUAUAGGAGCAACGGAUUCUAGUGGCGAACUUAUGUUCCUCAUGAAAUGGAAAUCCAGCGACGAAGCUGAUUUAGUCCCCGCGCGUCAAGCUAACAGCAAGUGCCCACAGAUCGUGAUCCAAUUCUAUGAAGAGCGUCUGACAUGGCAUAGCAAUACCAAUGAAGACGACGGGGAGAGCAAGGAGAAAGACGGAACGGACUAGAUCAUCGAAGCAUCAUUUGGACUAGAACUGAGAAAGCCGUUGUUUUAUCUGCUGAAACACGCAAUGCUUGUCCUAUUUCGGAUCCCCACGUCCUUUCCCCCCGUUUUUCAUCAUUUACUCAUUGAUUUGCAUAUGGUCUUCGGGUUCCCUACGCGCUCGAAUAUGUUUUUAAGUUUCCAUAAACACACCGAGUUAUAUUCCCAUCUUCAAUUUUCUUUCCACAUGUAAACUCGGAGUUACCAGAAAUACAACACGUCAAGUUUUUCAUA